AUGUCGUUCGGAAGCGGAGGAUUCGGCGGCUUCGGCUCCAACACGAGCAACACCAACACCGGCACUGGCUUUGGAGGCUUUGGUAGCAACACCAACACCACCAACACAGGUGGUUUUGGCUCAACGAACAACAAUGCUUUCGGCGCGGCCAAUACCACCGGCGGUGGCCUCUUUGGCGGCUCGAGCAACACCGGUGGCGGCUUUGGCUCCACGACAGGUGGCUUCGGCUCAAACACAUCCGGCGGCUUCGGAGCAGCAGCAGCAAAACCGGCCUUCGGUGCCGCACCUUCUACUGGAGGUGGCCUCUUCGGCUCGUCUGCACCUGCUGCAUCGACCGGCGGAGGUUUUGGUGGCUUCGGUAGCACCAACAAUGCCUCGACGACGAGCGCCUUCGGCAGCAACAGCGGCUCAGGCGGCCUGUUCGGGAGCCAGACCGCAAACAAGCCAGCUUUUGGCUCGACCGCAGGAGCAACCGGCGGUGGCCUUUUCGGAGCCCCGGCCGGCAACACUACCAACGCCUUUGGCUCGGGCGGCGCAUUUGGCAAUGCCCCCGCCAGCACAGCCCUCGGCGGACCCGUUGGAGAUGCGCCCGGAACCGCCACCACAGCGUUUACGCCUACCGUAGAAAAGGAAUCGGCGACUAGUUUGGCCCAGAACUCCUUCCAGAACAUCCUAUUCCAAGAACCCUACAAAAAGUUCUCCUCCGAGGAACUGCGACUUGCCGAUUACGCCCAGAACCGCAGAUACGGAGGCGGUGCUGCUGGCCCCGGCUUUGGAGGAAGCUUCGGCGGCGGUUUUGGCACCACCAACACGAAUACCACCAGCGGCUUUGGUGCCAAUACCAAUACCGGCGGUGGUGGCCUCUUUGGCUCCAACACAAACACCAACACCAAUACAGGCUCGGGUUUCGGCGCCACCAGCACGACCAACAACGCCUUCGGUUCGACAUCAGGCGGAGGAUUGUUCGGCAACAAGCCAGCUACCGGCGGUAGCAUGUUUGGCGGUGGUGCUGCUGCUCCCGCCGCUCCCGCUUCUGGUGGCCUCUUCGGUAAUUCAGGAACGAGUGGCUUCGGUAGCAACACGAACACUACUGGUGGCUUUGGCGCAAAUACGAACGCCACCGGCGGUGGUCUGUUUGGUGCCCCCAACAACGCUGCCACCCAGCAGAAAUCCGGCUUCAGCUUCGGGAACACGAACAAUACCGCCAACACUGGCAGCACCGGCGGCGGACUUUUCGGAAACAACACGGCACAGCAGACUACUGGUACCGGGUUCGGAAGCACCAACACAUCUGGAGGCGGCCUGUUCGGCAAUGCCCAAAGCAAUACGAACACUGGUGGCGGUGGGCUGUUUGGCAACAAUGCUGCUGCUGCUUCCAACACUGGAGGUGGCUUCGGUUCAGGAGGUGCAUUCGGCGGCGCCCAGCAGAACACGCAAAGUGGCGGCUUGUUCGGCAACCAGAACCAACAGAAGCCCGCUGGUGGCCUAUUCGGGAACACCAACACUGGAUCAACUGGUGGAGGUCUCUUCGGGGGAUCCACUACCCAGACCGCCAGUGCCUUUGGUGCCAACAACCAGCAGAGCUCGGGGGUUCUAUUUGGAAAUAAACCCGCUGGCGCUACUGGUGGUGGCCUGUUCGGCGGCAACACUGCCGCUCAAAAUACCAACACUGGUGGUGGCUUGUUUGGUGGCCUCGGAAACAACCAGGCGGGCGCCCAGCAGACUCAGUCUGGAGGUGGCAUGUUUGGUGGCAUGAACAACUCUGCCCAGAAGCCUGGCGGUCUCUUUGGUGCUAGCACUCAGUCUGCUGGCGGUGGUCUCUUUGGAGGCCAGAACAACACGCAGCAGGGUGGACUCUUUGGGGGCUCUACCAACCAGCAGCAACAGCAGAACAACGCCAUGGGAAGCUCGCUGUUUGGUGGCUCCAUGAACAACCAGUCCACGCCACAAGCUUUGACCGCCAGCGUCAAUGAUCCAUCAGCUUACGGCACAGGAUCCUUAUUCGGGAACCUGAGCACUGCCAACAACGACCCCGGCCCUCUUGCAACGCCGUUGUCGAGCAAGAAGCAGACACGCCGUCCCUCCGUUCUGCCCAUGUACAAGCUCAACCCGGCUUCUGCCUCCCGUUUCGCCACUCCGGUGAAGCGAGGUUUCGGUUUCUCGUAUAGUACCUAUGGUACCCCCAACAGCCCUUCUAGCGUUGCCAGCACCCCGGGAACAACUAUGUCACAUAGUCUACUCGGCGGUGGAAGCUUGGGCAGAAGUCUGGGCAAGAGCAUAUCCACAAGCAACCUGCGACGCAGCUUCAACGUUGAGGACAGUCUGUUGGCUCCUGGUGCCUUCUCCGCCAGCUCAGGGUCCAGGUUGGGCGGCAGCAACGUCAAGAAGCUCGUCAUCAACCGUGAACUGAGAAGCGACUUGUUCUCGACUCCCACAAAGGAGAAGCAGUCGCCAGAUGACACACCCAACGGGUCGCGCAAGCUUAGCAAGCGCGUGAGCUUUGAGCAACAGCCUGGUGAGACUCCAAUGGCCAUUGACGGUCCGAACGGGUCCGCACACACGACUCCAAGCGCAAAGGAGCUCGGCUACAUCCGCCCCGCGCAGACUAAUGGCGUCAAUGGCUCCAAGACUGAUGUCACGUCGACUCCAGAGGUUGAACAAGUCAGGGGUAAUGAAUUAGCCAUUGUGCACGAGGAAGAAGUUUCUACUCCUGCCGUGUCAAACUCCUCUGUCAGCGCUGCUGACAAGGCGCUCGGCGAAUACUGGAUGAAGCCCAGCAAGGAGGAGAUCCAAAGCAUGAACCGGGUUCAGCGCUCGAAGGUCCAGGAUUUCACGGUUGGCCGCUCGAACUCUGGAUGGGUCAAGUUCAAGGUGCCUGUCGACCUUACUAACAUUGACUUGGAUAACCUCUACGAGACCAUCGUCGCACUCGAUGUGAGAUCUUGCACAGUAUACCCCGUUCAAGCGAAGAAGCCGCCAGUGGGUAAAGGUCUUAAUGUUCCCUCGCUCAUCAACUUGGAGAACUCGUGGCCGCGAGCCCUCAAGCGUGGCAAGGCACCCGCGAUGAAGAAGCAUAUUGAACGUCUAAAGCGAAUUGAGAACACCCACUUCGAGAAUUACAACGAAGAAACUGGCGAGUGGACAUUCUCGGUGGACCACUUCACCAGAUACGGUCUCGACUAUGAUGACGAGGACGAAGAUGAAACCGAGGCUGAUCCAGCCGCCAACACCCUUGCAUCUGGAGGCCGCAGUCAUGAGUCUACGUCCCCGUCACCUUCGGCACAUCCUGACUUUGACCAGGACGAAGACACCUUUGACUUCCGACACAGCCGACCUGCGCUCCCAGGUGCCUUCGAUGGGGACGUAGCUUAUGACGAGGAAGACGUCCCGGAGAUGGCCGAGGUCAACAUUCAGCGGUCGUCUUUUUUAGCUAAUCGCUCCGCGGGUUCGACAUCCAAGGCCCUUGUGCCCGUUGCACAGGACGACUUGGACGAUGAAUAUGCAAUGUCCGAGAGUCACGAUACGAGCGAUGACUUUGGACAACAUCCCGCCGCGGAGCAAGACGACGACUCGUUUGCCGCCAGCCAAAUGGAGCUCGUUACCGAGACUCCAGCCGGCAUCAUGAGAGCCCGGAUGCGCGCUAUCAAGGGCUCGGCCACACCGGCCAAAGUGACGGUCACAGCCGGUGAUGACUGGAUGGACAUGCUACAGAAGACCAUCAGUCCACGGAAAAGAGACCGCACUCAUCUGAAGAGUCUCCGCGAAGCUGAUGCUUUUCGGACGAAGAGCAACUUGCAACUUCCGUCACCCACGAAGAAGCGAGUUGUCCCGGAUAGUCGUGGGUUCGCCACAAGCAUUGACCUGAUGAAAUCCAUCUUCGACCAGGCCAAGCCAUCGGUUGAGAGAUCUCAGCCCACGUGGCCCUAUAAGAGAAUGACGAAAACCCUCGAUGAAAAUGAUUUGGAUGACAAAGACCGUGCCUGGCAUGACGCUCUCCGCCCUACCUGGGGUCCAAGCGGCACUCUCGUAUUUGCCGCAACCCCUCAAGAGACACCGUUCGGGAGAACUGGACGCAUUGCGGAAAAGAACGGACUUAUGACUGUCAUGAAAGGCGCCAUCGUGUCUGAAUCUCAGGACAUCCGAAUCGCAAAAUUCACAAACGAGAUGUCUGCCAAAGCAAUCCGUGCCCACAUCAACCAAUCUGACUUCUACAUCGAGGAUGGUGUCCCUACCGUGCAGGGCCCGAGAGUCAGUCUGAAGGACUUCGCCACUGAUAGUGGACACAAGAACCCCGCAGCUGAUCACGAAAAGCUUGUUUGGGAACUUGCCAGCACGCUCUUUGAUAACAUCAAGGUGCCUGCUGAGUUGCAAAAUGAUGCUGAUGCCACCGAAAAAGUUCGGCGAGAAGCAUUGUGCCGCUUCUGGGAGGGCAUGGUAGAAUCAGAGUCCAACAAGGGUAUCGCAAUGGCAGGCUCAAGUGAGGAGAAAGCGCUCGCUGCUCUAGCUGGCCACCGCGUCGCCGAAGCUUGCAAGCAUUUAUUGGACGGCAAGAACUUCCGUCUUGCCACUCUCAUCUCUCUCAUUGGAACUGGUGACGAUAUCAAGAGGGACAUCCGGGAUCAGAUCAAAGAGUGGCAGGCAGCAAAUGUCCUGUCAGAGUUCUCAGAGCCCAUUCGUGCUCUGUAUGAGUUGCUCAGCGGUAACGUCUGCGUGUGUGAAGGAAACAAAAGCGGCCCACUGGAGAACCGAAUGGAAUCGUUCGUGAUUUCCCGCAAGUUUGGCAUGAACUGGAAGCAAGCCUUCGGUCUUCGGUUAUGGUACGGCAGUUUGACAGAGGAUAUCAUCGCCGAUGCGGUCGAGAAGUUUAGGGGUGACUUUGAGCAGGACCGGGAGCAGCGACCCCUGUCUUGGUUCAUCGAAGAGGGCAUCGGCAGUAUCUGGAAUGACCCCAAGGAAAUGGAGCGAGAAGACCUGCUGUGGGGCCUGCUGGAGCUCUACGCAAACCCUGAUGCUGACCUCGAAUCGGUACUGCGACCUGAGAACUCUCAAUUAUCGCCACUGGAUUACCGUCUCAGCUGGCAGCUUGGCCAAGCCCUGACCGCGACAGGCAGGGUGACAUUUGGAAAGAACGCAACGGAGAAGGCCGAUGCUGCUACCAUUUCUUUCGCAGCACAGCUCACGAAUGAGGGUAGCUGGCUAGAUGCUACUUUUGUCCUUCUCCAUCUCACGGAUGCUGACGCUCGUACUCAAGCCAUUCAGGAGCACCUUUGCCGACAUGCAGGCCUGAUUGGCGAUGAGCAAUCUGAUGGGUUCAGGAAGCUUACAGAGAAGCUAAAGAUCCCUGCCAAGUGGAUUUGGCAUGCCAGAGCGCUAUACAUGCGCAGUGUCAAGAAGGACGCCGCUGCUGAAGUGCAGUGUCUUCUUCGCGCGGAAUCGUACAACGAGGCACACCGCACUUUUAUCAAGGAGGUUGCACCAGUGGCCGUCAUCGAACGUGAUUUUGAUGCCCUCGCCGACUUGCUUCAGCAAUUUGCAGGGCGCCAAUCGCAAGUCCCCGGCUGGAACCUCGGUGGCGAGGUAUACAAAGCGUUCCUGCAGCUCGUGGGCUUUCAGCAGCGGCAUGAGCCAUGCCCGCCAGCCCUCGUCAGCGGCUUGCUUGAGGGAUUGCCGGCCAUGCAUGGCAACACCCCGGAAGCCGGCAUUACAGAAUAUGCCGCCUUGACGGAUAUGGCGGCUGUUGUAGCCAAGGUGGUGGGUGAUCUUGCCAAGAAAGGAGAGAUGGAUCACCAGCGCAUACUGAAGCUGCCUCUUACCGAGGACGUUCUUCUGAGGCACUCUCGCGAUCUAGCCUGGUCGCAUUACCAUGCUGUCAUGGCUGGACAUUGA